AUGUCUGGCGAGGGAGCUAUGCCACUGGAGACGGGGCGAUCGACUUGAAGCUUCGUGGGGGCAUGCUUUUUUAGCCUGCUUGGGGCCUUCUCUUCUGGUUUGCUCUCGCCACCCUUCUGAUGAAUGUGAAAGCUGUGCUUGUGGGUCGCCAUUCUUGAAAAUUAAAAUGAGAGGUUUUUGUUAUAUAUGUUCUCUUUCUCUCUCUCUUUCUCUCUCUCACCCCUUGUUCGUCUUCCUCGUCAAAAAAUGUAAAGGUUUUAUUACUGAGAAAAGAAAAAAGGAUAGUGAGAGACUUGUCCUGUAAAGCGGGUAAUGUGGGUUCGGUUAAGAAACAAGGUGGGAAAGAGGAUGCAUGCUUGUUUGUUUUGAAGGGUAACGGCUAUUUGAUGAAUAUUUCGCGAAUCCCUAAUUUGGGCUGCUGUUCGUUACUACAUCUGUCAAACUUAGUAAUAUAUUUGUUCUGAUCUUUGCUUUCCCAAAUUGGUUCUUCUUCCUCCCUCUCCCUCUCCAUCAUAGGCUGUGAGUGAGAGAGAGAGAGAGAGAGGGAGGUCUAGGCGUUGGCAAUUUGGCAUUAUUUGGAAUUGGGCCUUUUAACUUUAAUGUCUACAUGUUCGAGUUUUCCACGUGGCUAUUGCUUUGACCGCGUCAGAUAUGGGAGAAAGUAUUCAAUUCAAAAAAAGAGUUGUGCCAUUUAGCAAGGUGUUCCACUUCCACGUUUUGUGUUGAAAAGUCCAACACCUUUUCCUGUCCUAAUCCCGACUCGGCGACUCCCGAUAUCAAGAAUCAAUCGAUCAAAUUACAUGAUCAAGAAAAGUAUCUCGCGAUUUACUGAUCCUAGACACUUGAGAGCUGGGAGGUGGAGAAGCGACCAUCAUCCGACUCAAAUAAAUGCAGAUUUCAGGCUCGACUUUCCAAUAAGAGAGAGAGAGAGUGUCGGAAGUGUUAGCCACCGUAUGAUCUAUUUUUCUGAUUUCUGAUCAUCGAAUUCCAAUCCGGUGGUGUACGAUCAUGGCUUACAGUGGUUCGACUCAACCUCUGUUGAGUCUCUUCAGCCUUCCACAACCAUACCAGACUUACCAAUCCAGGAAGAUACAAUUGCUCUCUUCUUCCUUGAAUCGACAGCACUCGAGCUUCAGGUCGAAAAAUCAUAAUUUGAAGGGUACCUUCCCAACCGUGAAAAGUCCUUUAUUUACGAGAAUGCCUUUACUCCCUGGAGGUGGAGGCCGACUUAGACACAAGGUUGGUGCCCAUAAAGAAGAUUCCUCUGCAGAGUCCAAAUCGCUUGUUUCUGGCGUUGCAUCCCAACAAGAGGAUUUUGCUUGGUCUUCUGUCAUUUUGCCGUUUUUGUUCCCGGCCUUGGGGGGUUUACUAUUCGGGUAUGACAUCGGCGCCACUUCUGGAGCUACCAUAUCUUUGCAGUCACCCGAACUUAGUGGCACGACAUGGUUCAACCUUUCAGCUGUACAGCUUGGUCUUGUGGUUAGUGGUUCACUUUAUGGAGCUCUUCUUGGUUCCAUUCUUGUCUUCCCGAUUGCUGAUUUUCUUGGAAGGAGAAGGGAACUUAUUUUGGCAGCCUCACUAUAUAUUCUUGGAGGUUUGAUUACUGGCUUUGCUCCAGACCUUGGUGUUCUUAUAGUAGGGCGGGUUCUCUAUGGCCUUGGUAUAGGUCUGGCCAUGCAUGGAGCUCCUCUUUAUAUUGCAGAGACUAGCCCAUCUCAGAUUCGUGGAACUCUUAUAUCUUUAAAGGAACUGUUCAUAGUUCUUGGCAUACUGUUGGGUUAUCUUGUUGGAAGUGUUCAGAUUGAUGCGGUUGGAGGAUGGCGCUACAUGUAUGGGCUUAGUGCCCCAAUUGCAGCUUUAAUGGGUUUAGGCACAUGGAGUCUCCCACCAUCUCCACGCUGGUUACUUCUAAGGGCAGUUCAAGGUAAAGGGUCUUUACAGGAAUACAAAGAUAAGGCUAUCCAAGCUAUCAGAAAGCUAAGAGGUAGGGGAGCUGAUGAUAAACUAUCUGAGAAACAAGUAGAAGAUACUCUCUUCUCACUGAAAUCUGCAUAUGCGGAUGAUGAGUCAGAAGGCAGUUUCUGGGAGGUGUUUCAAGGAUCAAGUUUAAAGGCUUUUAUAAUUGGGGGAGGUUUGGUCCUUUUUCAGCAGAUAACAGGGCAACCAAGUGUUUUGUACUAUGCAGGUUCCAUUCUUCAGAGUGCUGGGUUUUCUGCUGCUGCUGAUGCUGCACGUGUUUCUGUUGUCAUUGGUACAUUCAAGUUGCUGAUGACAGGGGUGGCGGUCCUAAAAGUUGAUGAUCUUGGCAGACGGCCCUUAUUGAUUGGAGGUGUUAGUGGCAUUGCACUUUCUUUGUUCCUUCUCACGGCAUACUAUAAAUUUCUGGGGGGCUUUCCUAUUGUUGCUGUAGCUGCUCUACUCCUUUAUGUUGGCUGCUACCAGAUAUCUUUUGGGCCAAUUAGUUGGCUCAUGGUGUCUGAGAUAUUCCCACUUCGCACAAGAGGACGUGGACUUAGUCUUGCAGUUCUCACAAACUUUGGUUCAAAUGCUAUUGUAACCUUUGCUUUCUCCCCACUGAAGGAGCUUCUGGGGGCAGAGAAUCUUUUCCUCCUAUUUGGGGGCAUUGCUUUGCUGUCACUGUUAUUUGCCAUUGUUUUUGUUCCAGAGACAAAAGGUUUGUCGUUAGAAGAAAUUGAAUCCAAAAUCUUGAAGUAAAAAUAUACAAUUCUCCUCCACUUGUUCAAGAUAAACAGGAUGGGAUAACUAUGGAUCAUCUUACACCAUGGAUAUUUGUGCAUCAUGCAUCCCUGUUUUGUGCCAUAAUAUUGUGAACUGUGAAGUGGAGAGUCGUGCUGUAUAAGUAAAUUCCAUUGGGGAAACUGUUUUAUUUUUAGAGACAGGACAUACAAAGGGAAGAAUGAAAAUAGUUAAAGCUGAAAACAGUAACUAAAAGAUUUCUUCCAUGGAAAAUUUAAUUUCAUGGCUUGCAUU